AUGACAAAUUCAAUCACCAACUUCGUCCCUUUGUCUAAUGUCAAUGAGAGUUGCACAACGUGUCCGCAACAAGUUGAAAUUACCGAUUUCACCAAGUACGAUCAUCAUGCUUUCAAGUUGAGAUACCGAUCAAACUCCAUCAUCUCUGCGUCAACCACCGAAGAAGAGAAACCAUUACCAGUUAUUAAGAUUUUGGGAACAGGUGGAACAAUUGCAUCUAAAGCUCAAUCGUCGAAUGUAACUGCUGGCUAUGCUGUAGAUCUCACUAUUGAAGAACUUCUCAGUCAUAUACCCGAUUUGUCUACAACGUGUAUCCUAGAGUAUGAACAAGUUAUGAACAUUGACUCGAAAGAUAUGGGACUACCUGAGGUGGCAAAGUUGUAUAAACAAAUCAAAGAGGACUUGAGCAAGUACGAUGGGAUUGUGAUUACUCAUGGAACUGAUACAAUGGAAGAGACCGCAUUUUUCAUUCAAUCAACUAUAAAUACUGACAAGCCAAUUGUAUUUUGUGGGAGUAUGAGACCAAGUACAGCCAUUUCAUCAGACGGGCCAAUGAACUUAUACCAAGCUAUUGUCAUUGCGUCUCAUCCUGAGAGCCAUGGACGUGGGGUACUUAUCGCAUUGAAUGAUCGUAUUGGUGCCGGUUAUUACAUCACCAAGUCCAAUGCAAACUCACUAGAUACCUUCAAAACAGUAGGACAAGGAUAUAUUGGUAAUUUCGUCAAUGAUGAGGUGAAAUAUUACUUCCCUGCUGCUAAACCUUUGGGCAUGACCUAUUUCGAGUUAGGCGAGCAAUUUAAUCUACCUGAAGUGCCAAUAAUUUACGCCCAUCAAGGACUAAACAACAAGAUCCUAGAGUUGUCGUUGAAGGAAAUGAAUGCAAAGGGCUUGGUAAUUGCAAGUAUGGGUGCUGGUUCAUUAUCUGCUGAAACUAAUGAAUUUUUGCACAAUCUAGUUACACCAGGGUUCCCCAUUAUAUACAGCAAAAGAUCAAUGGAUGGUAUGGUACCUUUAGGAGGCUUACCCCGAUUCAAUGGCAAAGUGUUUGAUAACGCUGUUGCAGGUGGCUACUUGAAUCCGCAAAAGGCAAGAAUUCUAUUACAAUUGUGUUUAAAUGAGGGGUACGACUUGAGCAAGAUAAAGAAGGUGUUUAAAACAGUAUAG